AUGGCUCAUCAGGAUGAAGGGUGGCCUUUGGGAUUGCGACCACUGAAUGCAAGAGUUGGGUUGAUCAGAAGCCGGGAUUUCUCUGCUGGGUCGGUUUCAUUCAGCACUUUGGUCAGUGGCUCCCCCACCCCUUCCAUUGCCGCUUCUUCUUCUUCUUCUUCCUCAGAUCUUGAUACAGAGUCAACUGGGUCUUUCUUCCAUGACAAGAGCAUCACUCUAGGGAGGCUCCUUGGUGUUUCUGGCAUUAUAGGCCUUUCACGAAGAUCAACAAGGGGAAGGGCACUUGAAACCUCCAAAGGAAAAAAGAACCACAAAUCCAAACCUUGGUUGUUUUCACUCUGCUCCAAGCUAACCAGCGACUCUGUGAAUGAGAGUAAUAACACUCCAUCCUUAGGUCACUUUCUUGAAGCAGAAAGGAGAGCAAGCAAUAACAACAUUAACAGAAGAAAUCACGGUGGACCGAUUGAAUACGGAACUGACAAUUGCUCACCGGCUGUGCCGGUUUCAGACCCCAACAGGCUAUUCGUAGACGGCCUAGUAGCAGCUGGUCAGCCAAGUUCUUCAGAGAGAGCGGAUGGUGGAGCAAGAUCCAACAACAGGGAGCUAUUAGAAUAUGGCAAUGGAUUUGGAACUACAUUAGUGUCUUCAUGUUUGUGUGGACAACUCGUGAAAUGA